UAAAACAAAACAAAAAACGCUUUGAAACUGAAAAAGAAAGAGAGAGAAACUAGAGAGAGAAAGCUAGUGUGUGUGUAUGUAGAAGAAAAGAAACACAGACCCUGUGUGCGCGUGCGAGAGAGAAAGAGAGAGUGAAACCCCUGAAAAUCCCAACCCGUUUUCACACACUCUUGAUCGGAAUCUCCCAUUCUGCGUUUCCGAUUCGCUUCCAAACCCUCUUGCUCCCCGGUUUCGUCCGUACAAUGGACCGGUACGGCGGGUCGCAGUCGCAGUCUGAUCCGUCGCCGGAAUGGCCCCUCGCCGCCGGAGAAACCGCCCUCGAAGAGCCGGUGUGGCAACUGGGAUUGAGUGGUGGUGGUGAAUCGUACCCUCUCCGUCCCGAUGAGGCUGAUUGUAUCUACUAUCUGAGAACUGGUUAUUGUGGUUACGGCUCGCGGUGUCGGUUCAAUCAUCCCCGUGACCGUGGCGCGGUUAUUGGAGCUGCGAGGACUGGGGGGGAGUAUCCGGAAAGAGCAGGACAGCCUGUGUGUCAGUACUAUAUGAGGACGGGAUCAUGCAAAUUUGGUUCAUCUUGCAAGUACCACCAUCCUAGGCAGCCAUCAGGCACUACUACUCCUGUGUCACUAAAUUAUCAUGGAUAUCCAUUGCGAAUGGGUCAGAAAGAGUGUUCCUAUUAUGUGAAAACUGGACAAUGCAAGUUUGGUGCAACUUGUAAAUUCCAUCAUCCACAGCCUGCCGGUGGCCAAAUGCUAGCACCAUCGCCAGUUCCCUCUGUUUCACCGCUGCCUGUACCGGUGCCUUCACCAGUUUAUCAAACUGGACAGCCUCCAUCUGGUCCUUCAUCACAACAAUAUGGCGUACUGGUCGCAAGGCCACCUCUGCUCCCUGGCUCAUUUGUCCAGGGCCCCUAUGGGCCAAUGGUAUUGUCCCCUGCCAUGUACCCUCUCUCCAGCUGGGGUCCGUAUCAGGCUCCUGCAAGUCCUGUAGUUCCUUCCAGUAGUCCGUCUAAUGUUGGUUCAACACAGUUUAAUGUUGGUUCAACACAGUUUUAUGGGAUUACCCAUUUACCUUCACUAACAAGUGCCUAUGGUGGACCAUAUCAAACUACGGUUUCAUCAAUCGGUCCUUCAGGCAGUAGCCAGAAGGAGCACACAUUACCAGAAAGGCCUGACCAACCAGAAUGCCAUUAUUACAUGAAAACAGGGGAGUGUAAAUUUGGUCAAUCAUGUAGAUAUCAUCAUCCACCAGAUAUGGGUGCGUCAAAGGCAAAUGUUAACCUUAGUCCUGUGGGUCUUCCUUUGCGCCCGGGGGCACCACCUUGCACUCAUUAUACACAGCGUGGAAUUUGUAAGUUUGGUUCUGCGUGCAAAUUUGAUCAUCCGAUUGGAUCGCUGAGUUACAGCCCAUCUGCUUCUUCCCUGGCUGAUAUGCCGGUUGCACCCUAUCCUGUGGGUUCCUCAAUUGGUACUCUUGCCCCAUCAUCUUCUUCAUCAGAGUUGCGGCCUGAACUUGCCCCUGGAUCCAGCAAGGAGCCAGUUUCGUCCAGAAUGUCUUCAUCAAUGAGCACAUCUACUGGAUCAGUUGGCUUGACCUUGUCAACUGCUGGACCCAUUUCUCAAUCAAGCACUCUGCAAUCUGCUCCGAGUUCCAGUUCUUUAGCAACUACAACCAGUGCCACAUCAAGUAGCACUGUCUCUCAAAGUUCAAGCUAGCAAUGUGAAUGAAUUCCUCAUUAUUACUCCUUUUUAUCUCAAUUUUUGGAUCGGCCGUCAUUACUCAAGAAGGUUCGUUCUCAAAUAGGUUUUAUUUUUCAGUUAUCCCAUUUCCACAUUUUCAGGUCUAGCACACAUUGCACCAAUUAUCUUUGUGUUGAUAUAAUCUUUUCUUGGUCAUCCCUUUGAUAUUGAAUAAACCAUGGCCAACCUUGAGAAUUUUAGCAACCUAUACACGCCGCACCUUGCUUUUGAAUAACUUCGGAAAAAUCUGGAAGUCCAUUAUGCACAUGCCCGUCCACGUCUCCGUUUUUGCAGUUUGUUGCACUUAUUUAUGCUUCAAUCUUUUUUGAUUUGAGAAAUACUCUGUCCGGAGUUUCAUUGAUCAUCAUGUGUUAAUCUCUCUUCACCUGAACCAUUUUCUGUAUUUGGGGAUGAUAUUCAAGUUCUGCUUGGAAGAUCCUGUUUGCCACUGUUCCCCAAUCUAAGAUUUACAGUGAAGAGAUGUAAUCAGGAGACUACAAUGAGGCUUCACAUUGCUAUGUUUUAUUAUUUUAGAUACACGGUGAUGUUGUGACAAGUGAAAUGCUUGACUUGGUACUUAAAUUAUUACAGAAUACAUAUAUGAAGAAACACACUUAAAUUAACAUAUUUGAAUGUGUAAUGAUCUUUUCUUUC